GCGCGCAUUUAAAUGCUACGUCAGCCCUUCUCUAAUCUCAAACUUCCCAGAAGCUACGUGUCCUCAGCGCCGUAUGUCCUCAUUCCUCCGACUGUCUUCUCUUCUAACACGACCUCACAGAUCGCUUGAACAUCAUGGAUCAGGUUAUGCAGUUUGUGGAGCCCAGCCGGCAGUUCGUCAAAGACUCCAUAAGGCUCGUAAAGAGAUGCACGAAACCCGAUAGAAAAGAAUUCCAGAAGAUUGCCAUGGCCACAGCGAUUGGGUUCGCAAUCAUGGGCUUCAUUGGUUUCUUCGUCAAACUCAUCCACAUCCCCAUCAACAACAUCAUUGUUGGAGGUUAAAUCCUGGACAAGAACAAACUUCAAACUCCUGGGGACAGAAGAUGGCGAUGCAAUGCAAGGUGUUAGUGUGCUGGUGUGAUCGGGGACUGAAGGGAUGACAUUUUUACAUUCGGUGCACGACAUUUAUAUUUCAAUGUGUAAAUAAAAAAUAUGGAAACCACAA